GAUACUCCUUCUGAUACUGAAAUCUCCUUCACAUCUUCCAAUAAUCAGCAAACACUUAAUGUAUCAAAUUCAAAUGCAAUUAACAAUCAGCACCCAAAUUUGAAUCUAAUACAUCAAUCUUCUGAAUCGGUACAAAGUCUAGUACUCAACUAUUUGAACAAUUCAAAUGAAGGAAAAGGUAUUUUGUUUAAAUAUAGAGAAAGUGGAGUAUUAGAUAACUUGGGGAGAAGAAAAUUAUGUAAUUUAAUUGUCAGAAAAGAACUCGAAAAUGAACCAGAUAAAAUUGUAACCAGCCAAAAGCUUUUAUUGUUGUCUCAAGAAAUCACUUCUAUUUUUCCUAAGGAACAUAUUAGUACCUACUUUAUUCCAUAUAUGAGCUAUGGACCUACAAUCAAAAAAGCUGCAAAAGGAAAAUUGUUGGAUUGCUUCAAUAACCGCCGAAGAGAAUUUAAGAAAGCUGGUGUCAUAACACAUCAUUCAAGAGGGACCACAACUAUUAAACCAAAUUUUCUGAACCUAAAUACAUCAGUGAAUUCUGAUAUAGAAGAUGUUGAAGAACCCAUUAAAUGGUUGAAUAACUCAUCUGAUCCGUGGGAUUUAGUUGAAAAGUAUUGGGAUAUUACCAAAAGCUAUAGAAUAAAAAAUGUAUUAAAUUCUGAAACCCAAACAGUCAGUCAAUAUAUGAAUGAGUUCCCAGCAUUAAAAAAACCAGUUGGUUAUAAACUUUUACUUGAAGACUUUAAUUUUUUGUAUCCUGAAAAAACACAAACCUUAUUUGAGAAUAUUCCCAUUUAUAAAGACAGAAUUUUAGAACAUGCCAAAAGUAUUUCUACAAAUCUUAGAGAUCCAACGCUCAAAAGCUUAUUGAAUGAAUACUUAGAUCAAGCUCAAGAAGACGAAGAAUCUUCUUUGGUGGCAGUAUUCUUGGUUCUCCCAUUUUUAUUUUCCCCUGUUACUAUUAAAAAGAAAAAGGGAAAAGGUAAUUGGAGACCUUCAAAAAGUGAAAUGCGAGAUGGUUUCAUACUCCAUUUAAGAUCACAUGCAGAGUUACAAGAAUCUAUUACAAGAAGAAAACAAAAGUAUGAACAAUUAGCUUUUACAUUGCAACCUUUGAUUAUUAUCAUAGGACCAACAAUAAGUGAUAUUGCUCAGUAUUUUAUCUUGGUUGAUGAUACAUAUUAUCUUGUAAACUCUAUUAUUACUGCUGUUGACUGCUGUUUCAAAAUUAUCCAUGCCCUUCAUGCAGAGUAUCCUGUUGAAAGUAAGCCAGUUUGGUAUUUUAUUCAAAAAGGUUGCUAUAAGUUAAAAACUUCUUGGGAUACAGAAUAUGUGACAGUAAAUUCAUUAAUAAGUGAUCUAGAUAUUUCAAUUUAA